AAUAAAAAUAAUAAAUAAAAAAGUAAAUAAAAUAAAAAAAAACAAAAAACCAGCAAAACUGAAUAUUAAAAUUCAUUUACGAUUUAUUUUUCGUACUAAUGCGUUUAAAUGCAUUAAUAAAUGUGCACGCAUUCCAUUCCGUUUUAAUUCCAUCAUAAUGAAGGUGUGUUUCGGAAAAGAUCUCUAAAAGGAGGUCCGUCAAGGGCUCAAUGGGAGGAUGUUACCGGAUCUACACCACUGACAUUUGUCAAUGACUGCGUUUCCUUCACCACCACUGUUUCGGCACGAUUUUGGCUUAUGGACUGUCGUAAUAUUAGUGAUGCGACGAAAAUGGCCACUGAAUUAUACAAGGAAGUCAUUCAUGUUCCGUUUAUAGCGAAAUUUGUGGUGUUUGCGAAAAAAGUUGAGCCAUUUGAAGCCCGCCUGCGUGUAUUCUGUAUGACAGAUGAUCGAGAGGAUAAAACUCUAGAGAAAAUGGAACUUUAUACACAAGUUGCAAAGAGUCGAGAUGUGGAAGUUCUUGAGGGUAAGCCUCAGUAUAUAGAAAUGGCUGGUAACUUAGUGCCGGUUACAAAAUCGGGCGAACAACUACAACUGCCAUUCAAAGCAUUUCGAGAAAAUCGCCUCCCGUUCACUGUAAGGGUAAAAGAUCAACACGCCGAUAUCGUCGGACGCACACUAUUUAUGAAAGAACCCAAAGUCGCCAAAGGUGAACCGCCACAGCAUCCGAUUUGCAUACUUAACAUUGUUUUGCCGGAAGCUGUAAUACCCGACUCCGUAACUGCCUUUUCCGAUAAAAUAACACCCACGUAUCGUAGCUCGCUGUUAAGCUUCAGCAAACAUCAGAACGAUCAUUAUAUUGGUGACAUCCGCAUUGUUGACCUGUCAAACCUUCUUGGUAAGGAUUGGAUACAAUUGGCCUCUGAAAUCGAUAUAAGUACCGAAGAGAUCGAUGAGAUUAUCAAUCAGAAUACCGACAGUAUAGCCCGUCAAGCCCAAAGUAUGAUUAGACUGUACAAGGAUAAGCCCAACUACGAUAUACAUUCGCUAGAACAAGCCCUCAAAAACAUCGGCCGCGAUGAUAUUAUGAGUAAGUGCAAGAGCGGAAGACUCUCGCACUCUCGAGACUUUGAUGAGACCGACAUCAUGAAGAAUUCCGAAUCGGUCGAAGAGCUGGUCCGACAAGAAAGCAAACGGAUACAGCAAAUGCACGAACGUGAAGAGGUCAAGUACUCAGCAGAAGAAAAAGAGAUCGAGGAGUCAGAGUCAGAUGAGGAGAUUGCUAAGCGUACAGUAGCAGAACGUAGAGAUAAAAUUGUGAAACGGCUCUCAGUUGAACGUCAAAUACCAGCAUCCACUCAGAAAAGAGAAAUAACCCGCGAAAUAACAGAAAUCAAACGAAAGAGUCUCAUCGAAGACAAGAAAGCCAUUCACGAAUCUGAGAUUUUCAUGCAAUUGCCAGCUGAUAAUAGCGUCAAGUCGGCAGUUGUGCCCGAACAAGUGAUUAAAAUGAAAAUGGGAAAAAUGGACUCAACCGAAGUAAGCAAAAGUGAUUUUGACAAAGAGUUGACGCACAAGUUCAAGUCCUCCAGUCGCAGUUCCGAAGAGGAAGCCGAGGAGGAAGAUUCUUCAAGUGUCCGCUUGCAUUCGCAGAUAAGUCAUGAAGAGGUUGACAACUUAAAGAUCGUCAAGGACAUAACAAGUGUCGAAAAACCAAGCAAAAUAAUUGAUUCAUUAAUGGGUGAAAAACCAUCAAUGGAUUCUGGAUCUAAGCAAUUGACCGAAGACUUUUUGGCUUUUGAGAAAUUAACACAACUGCCAUCCCAAGCAUUGUCCACAAGUACCGAUGUAACCGAGAAAUUUGUUGAGGAAAUUAAGGAAAAGUCAGAUGAAAGCAAAAUAACCGACAACAUCAAAGAAACCGCUGAAGAAGUUGUCACAGAAACUGUGGAGACCGCCAGUAAAAAAGUAGAAAGUAUUAUUUCGUCAUUUGAAUCAUCAAAACCAGAAAAGCAGCCCUUGGCUAAGGAUACACUAAAGGAUGUUCAUGAUUUUCUAACAGCCGAAAGAAAGACAUUUGUCGAUUCAGCAAAGACAUUAUCCAAAGAAGAAACUUCUAAAGUCGAACAAUCUAUCGACGAAACUAAAGAAACCAUUGUCAGCGUAAAAGAUAAAAUUAAAGCCUUUACUGAACCUAAAUUGGACGACGUUUCGGAUAAAAUAGCCAGCACAAAGGAGUCCCUAAUAAAAGAAACUGUUAAAGCUAUCGAAACUAUUAAAUCAUUUGAAGAAUCCAAAAUAGAUGAAAUAAAAAGUGAAAAAACUAAAUUGAAAGAGGAAGUUUUAAGUGAAACCAAGAGCGUAUCAGAUACCAUCAAAACAUUCUCUGAGGCCGAGGCAAAAGAAUUGAAGUCAGAAACAACAAAAAUUAAACAGGACAUUUUCCAUACCAAAGACACAGUUGCAAAAGCAUCAGAAAGUACCGCUGCCACAAUUGUAUCCUUCGCUGAUACUAAAUCAAAUGAAUUCCAAACUGAAAAAGCUGCCUUACAAGGUCUUUUAGCGGACGCUAAAGAUACUAAAAUUAGUGAAACAAAGAAUAUAAUGCAGACAACAAAGGAUUUCCUUUCGUCAGAAACUAAAAUCGCCUCUGAAAUCGUUAAAAAAGAAUCUUCUAAAGUAGAUAGCAAGACUGAAGAAAUUGAAGAACAUGUUAAAGACACCCUUAUUUCAGAAACAAAGAGUGUAGCCGAAACAAUUAAAGCUUUUAGUGAGCCAAAAAUAGAAGUUGUAAAGGAUUCAAAAUCGUUCUUCGAUAAAAGCACCGAAGAAUUUAAAGAACAACUUACCGACACCAAAGUCACAGUUAUUUCAGAAACUCAAAGUGUGGCUGAAACAAUAAAAACAUUCGCCGAUCCUAAAGCGGUGGAUAUCAAACAGGAAACCAAAACUACAAAAGACUCAAUUGCCCAAGACUUUAAGCAGCAUGUGUCUGAAUCCAAGGACACUUUUGUAACAGAAACCAAAUUCGUAGCUGAAUCAAUUAAGGCUUUAGCAGAAGCCAAAGCUGACGAGAUCAAAAAGGAAACUGCACAGGUCGAAACCAAAGUUGAAGAGUCGAAAACUUUCUACGGUAUAAGUAGCGAAGAAUUUAAGGAGCACGUAACCGAUACGAAAGACACUAUUGUUACAGAAAGCAAGAGUGUAACUGAAACAAUUAAAGUAUUCACUGAACCCAAACCUGAUGACAUCAGCAAGGAAACUGCGAAGUUAGCAAAUAAAGUUGCAACAACUAAGGAUUCAAUUGUCGAGGAAGCGAAAUCAUACUUUGACACAAAAACGGACGACAUCAAGCAACAUGUUGCGGACAAAAGAGAUUCAUUUGUUACAGAAACAAAGAGUGUUGCAGAAACAAUUAGAACAUUUUCCGAACCAAAAAUCGAGGACAUCAAAAAAGAUGCUUCGGUGCUAGAAACUAAAGUUGAUUUCUCAAAAGAAUCUAUAGUCGAACAAACCGAAUCUUUCUACGAUACAAAAUAUGAAGAAUUAAAGGAACAUGUUAGCGACAAAAAAGAUUAUAUUAUUACAGAAACAAAAAGUGUUGCUGAGACUAUUAAAGCUUUUACAGAACCUAAAAUUGGUGACAUUAAAAAAGAAUCUUCAGAAAUAGAAACUAAAGUAAAAUUUGCAAAAGAAUCCUUUGGUGAAGAAACAAAAUCCAUUUUUGAUACAAAGUCUGAUAAAAUUGAACAUCUCGUAUCAGACACCAAAGACUCUUUGGUAAAAGAAACAAAGAGUAUAACUGAAACGAUUAAAUCUUUUACACAGCCUAAAGUUGAGGAUAUUAAAAAAGAAACUUCGACAAUAGAAACCAAAGUAUGCGAAAUGAAAGAAACAUUUGUUGAAGGGGAUACUAUCAAAUCUUUCUCUUCGACAAAAACUGAAGAUUUAAAACUGGGAUUAGAGGGAAUAAAAGACAAGUUCUCAGACACUGAGGAUUUCAUAAUUACUGAAACAAAAACUGUAGCCGAAACAAUAAAAUCUUUUUCAGAGCCUAAAGUUACAACAUCCAAAAUUGAAGAGAAAUUCGACGACAUAACUGAUUCUACCAAAAAAGAAACCAAGAAAGUGUCGGAAGCAAUUAAAUCACUUUCAGAAUCAUUUGACAAAUCUUCAAGUGGUGAACCCAAAUUUGAAAAGGAGAAAAUUAUUCCAUCCGAUAAAAUCGAGGAUAAAAUAGCUGAUUUUGAAGCCAAAAAGGUUACUUAUGAAUAUCAUGGUUUGGAACCAAAGCUAAGAGUUGGUCUGCAGACAACAACCGAAGUAGUAGAGAAAGAAACUGAAGAUACGAAAUUGACAUCUGCUCCCGAAGCGGCACCUAGAAAACUCACUACUGCUGAAACUGAGGAAGAAACUUCAUUCGAGGAAUCUUUAGAGAAAUUGGAAGAAAUGAAAUCAAUUGUUGCCGAUGCCCGAAAAAUUACCAAGGACUUCUUAAGUAUGGAGCAUCAAACUCAACUACCACCUCAAGCCAAAGUAGAAAUGAAAGAGGAAUCAAAACUGGUAGAGGAGACAAUUAAAACUACAAUAACAUUCCCACCAAUUGUCGAGACAACUGUAACCGAUAAGCUGUCCAAAAAGGUUGAGCCACAGGUUGAUUCCAAACCGGAAACUAAAAUAAUUUCAUCUGAAAGUUAUGUAAUAAAAGAAACCGUCGAACAGUCAGUGCAAGAAACGGUUUUGGAUUCAAGAAAACUCACUCAUGAUUUUCUAAAUAUGGAACAAAAAACUCAACUCCCUCAUGAAAAACAGACUGCAGAUGAUAUUUCGGAACUGUCAACUGAAACGUCACAGCACUCUGUAGAAAAAUCUCCUAUUAUUGAAACCGAUUCGGACAAAAUAUCGCUCGAACACUUUGAAAAACCCGACAUUGACUCUAGAAAAAUCACUCAUGAUUUCCUUAGCAUGGAACAAAAACAACAACCAUUCUCUGCACCAAAGCCUAAACCACAAGAUGAAUUACAACAAACGAAACCAUCAUCAAUUAUUGAUGAGGUACUAAUAAAAGCUACUGAUAUAAUGACUACAAUUUCAGCGGGUACCGAAAUCCCUAAAGAAACCCAAAUCUCCACAAAAGAGGAAAAACUCGAAAAAGAAGAUUCCAAGUCUGUCUUGAAAUCUGAACUCUUGAAAGACGACGGCAUUGAGAUGGCCGCCCCCAUUGAACAUAUUCCGGAAAUGCCUGCCUCCGUAAUGAAAACAUUGACUCAAGAUUUCCUUGCCUUUGAGCAAUCUAUACCCAUGUAUACAACUCCUAAAACUUCAACUGACGAAACAAAAACAACUACUGAACGUGCAGAGGAUACAUUCGUAUCUACGACAUCAGAACCUGCAGGUAUCACACAUCAACAUGUCAUCAAAAUGACUAGCGAUUUUCUCUCUAUGGAACAGACAACGCACCAACCUAAAACUGACUUAAGUGUCAAAACUACCGAUGAGUUGAUGGCUCCAAUUCCAAUUGAGCCACGCAAAUCACUGACUGAUGCUGAGUUUUGCAAAUCUGUUCAGGAGUCUAUAACCAAGAAAAUGAGCGAGGGAUUAAUUGAAAUUAGCGACGAGCUUAAGAUAAAAGAAAGCGAUAUUCCUCAUUCCCAAACUCCUCCACCAACUCCAAUUGAGACUAAAAUCGAGAAACAAGAGGAGGAGGAAGUGGUUCAACAAAAACUCACAAUGGAAGAAGGUAAUUAG